UCCCGACAGAACUCAAGUUCAAGGUGUGAGUGGCAGCACGUGCACACACCGUCCCUGCAACAAACAAACAGCUGUUGUUGUUGUUGUUUACUUUCCGUAAUGACGCAGCAGCCUCAUUUCAGAAACAAACACCUGCAAACAGCCGUUUAAUCCUCUCGGAGCCGCAACUCUCAACCCUCCAGCAUUGGCUUCCUCCGAGCAUCACCGGCCCCAGCAGCAGCGGCAGAGUCAGCCCGGCCACAGCGCCUCUCCGCGGGCUUCUGGAGCGGACGCCGGCUCGGUCCCCCUGCAGGGAGAAGAGCUCCAGGAGCGACUGAGCUCCGCAACCGCCGCCGCCUCUGACUCCUUUUCCCCCGCAGAGAUGGCAGCGACCAAAGCGGAGCUGCUCCUGUCCGCCCUGCAGAUCUCUGACCCGCUGUCCGGCUUCCCGCCGCCGCUCUCCCCGCUGGACGGAUACCCGAAGUUGGAGGAGCUGCAGAUGCUGCUGCAGAACGCGGCGGCCGGAGGCUCGCUGCUGGCCGCGUCUGCAGCAGAGGGAGCCGGUCUGCUGAGCGGAGAGCCCGGGGAAUACGGAGACUCGUUGUCAGACCUCCCCGACCUGCAGAACCUCCCCCCUCUCACGCCUCGCCUCACCCCUCUGGCCUACAGCGGACGCUUUACCUUCGAGCCGUCGGUUUCAGCCUCCAGUGGCAAUAACAGUGGGGGUCUGUGGGCGGAGCCUCUGCUCAGCCUAUUCACUGGGUUGGUCAGCAUGGCGGCUCCAUCCCCUGCAGGCUGCAGCCUCUCCUCCUCUUCCUCAUCUGUGACAUCAUCAGUGACAUCAUCGUCACCUGCCCAGCCGACCCUCAGCUCCGUCCAGAUCAGCUGUGGCUCCGCCGACGUCUCCUCCGUCUUCUCUGCAACGCCAACCUACACCUCGGCCGCCGGCUCCGACGCCCUCCCCCUCCCCACCGAUUCCCAGCCGGCUCCCCAGGCCUUCCAGCCACAGGGCCCUCCUCCCGCCUACCCCAGCUCCACCUCCAGACUCGGCCUCCAGCCACCCUCCCUGGUUGUGCCGAUGCUGCCAGACUACCUGCUGCCGCAGCAGCCACCAGAUGGUGAGCUCGGCCUGAUCCAGGACCAGAAGCCACCUCAGCCUCCGCUCACACCACUGUCUACCAUCAAAGCCUUCUCCUCACAGAUCCAGCCUCAUGGCCCCGCCUACCAGGUCACCAAGUCUAGUCGACCCAGGAAGUCGCCUGCAGGCCGGCAGUGCAAGACACCACCGCAUGAACGGCCGUACGCCUGUCCUGCUGACGGCUGCGACCGCCGCUUCUCUCGCUCCGAUGAGCUGACGCGCCAUGUGCGAGUGCAUACGGGCCAGAAGCCGUUCCAGUGCCGCAUCUGCAUGCGCAGCUUCAGCCGCAGUGACCACCUGACGACGCACAUCCGCACGCACACCGGGGAGAAGCCAUUCGCCUGCGCCGAGUGCGGACGCAAGUUCGCUCGCAGCGACGAGCGCAAGAGGCACUCCAAGAUCCACCAGCGGCAGCGGGACCGUAAGACGGACCGAGGCUCCUCCUCAGCCGUUGUCUCCACGCCUCCCACCUCCUCCCCCUGCUCCUCCUAUUCCUCCCCUGCCCACAGCUCAUCUUCCCCUGCCUCACUCUUCUCCUCUUCCCUCAGCGUGCAGACCGCCUCCCCCUGCUUCACCUCCUCCUCGCUGUCGCAGGUCUACACCUCCUCGCCGUCCCCCCACCUCCUCUCCUCCUCCUGCUCCUCCCCGAUGGGGAGUCCUCAGACGGAGCUGCCCUCCCCCCACAGCUCCAACAUCUGCUGAUGGACAGGAGGUCCACCUGACCCACCGCGACCUCUGACCUCAGACUGAUAUCAAACUGCAGAGUUUUAUUUUUGUAUUUUAUUUCUGUGAUGAGGUCAAAGGUCAGCGACUUUCUAACACGUCUGACAGCGACGACACAAACUGAACCGCUGUCAGCUGUCAGAACAGACUUCUAUCAGAAAACUGCUGAAUUCAGGAGACUCCACAGACUGUUAAGAGUUUCAUGUUCGUUUGAAUUCUGUUGUGAGUGGACGUCUGUACAUAAUGUUUACAUGUAGAAUAUUGUACAUACAUAUACAAAGUGUUUUACCUACUGAGUAGGUUCUGGGACGUUUACAUGCAGGUCAGUGUUUGAUUUUUUACUGAACAUGUUUCCUCUUUAAAGCAAAGAGCUUCCAGAAUAAAAUGUCUAAAUCCUG